UCUCUUCCAAUAAUAAACUGCAAGAAAAAGCAAAAAAAGAUCCCUACUAUUAUUCUCCUGCUUUCUCCCUUCCCAAUGCUAUGUCUCUGUAAUUUUUUGAAGCAAAAAAACAGGCCCCAUAUUAGUAGAUGUGAGUGGGCAAGAGAACCAAGAACACAGAACCCAUUUAUGUAUUAUUAUGUGUAAGAAAAAGCCACUCACUUUUGCAAUUUAAUGCCCCCUCUCUCUCUCUCUUCUUCUGUUCAGUUCAAUACUUGUCUGAUUCUUGAACCAUUUUUUUUUUCUUUUUUCUGAAAGGCACUACCUUUGUCUUCUUUUUUCCUUUUCUUGUAUAAUAAUAUCCAGGCCAGUUUUUGCACAUUUUGAAUUAUUUCAACAAGUAGCGGUCUCUCUUACAACUUGUCUGCAAAAGUUGCAGAUAAUAAGCUCACACUACUAUAGCUGUGACCUUCUUUUUCCCUCUUUUUUGUGCAAAGAUUGUUGCUUUUUUUGGCUCUUUUAGGUAAUUAAAGAUGGAGUUUCAAGGAGAUAAUUAUAUAGAGAUGAAAUGGGUGUGUUGGUGAUGCUACAUGUAUGGCUCACAUACAAAGUAGUAACAAAAAAGGUGCUACUGGUACUGCAGAAAAUGAAGUGAAAGCAGGAGCAGGCACUACUACUUUUCAUGAUUUUUUGGGUAAAGGGUAUCCCGGAGAUUCAUCUCCGAUGAUGGCCGGAGAUUCUCUGUCAGUUGGUGCUUCUUCUGGUGGUGGACGUGGCCCCAUUUCCACCACUUCUGAUCUGGCUUCUGAAAGAAAUGUAGGAAAUCAUUUUGAAGGAGUGCCAUUCUAUGGCCUAAGGGGUGAACUUUCAGCGCCUGAGACAGGUAAUCGAUUGUCGGGAACGAAAAGAAGCAAUUCUGACUCUUUCAUGGGGUCAACAAGAGAUAAAUUUUCAUCGCUACGACCAGAUGCACUGGAGAGCUCACAUAUGCAGAAGCUACUACGAAAUGCAGGGGGUGAUCGACGUGGACGACCACAUGACCAGGAAAUGCCCUUUGUUAUGCAUCAAAUGAGGCCACUUCAUGCCUCUUUAAUAUCACAACCAUCCGCCACUGGUAGAACCGAUGCCAGUGCUUCCAAGUGGGAUCGAGUUAUUCCUGUCAAUGUUGGUCCCACCUUGCAGUAUCCUCCACGUGCUAGUCAUGUUUUACCUUAUGGGUAUCAGUCGUCAGUCAACAGGUUUGGAGAUGCCAAUGCCGGACCUUCUACAAUAUCUCAAGCAGCCGCUGAUGAAGGAUCAAGGACAGGAAUCAAAGGAUCUGGAAUAUUAAGCUCCAUUAAUGCAAGUGGUGGAAUCUGUGAUAGAAGCCUUUCUGGGAUGCCAUUAAGUGGUGCAAAGCAGAAGUCUGGGCUUCACUUGACUGACCUAGAAUCUUCUAACCCAAGUCGGCAAGGAUCGUCACCCGUUGGCUCUCAAAUGACUAUAUUUUAUGGGGGUCAAGCCCAUGUUUUUGAUAAUGUCCAUCCCAGCAAGGCAGAUGUUAUAAUGGCCUUAGCUGGAUCAAAUGGAGGAUCUUGGUCAACAAAUUAUGCUCCAAAACCUGCAGCAAGGCCAUCAACUGGAGAAAAUUAUUCGCCUAAAGCAGAGAAUGAGACCAAGGCUAGUAACUUAGCUCUAAUAAGAGAGUUGCAUGGCAGGUCAUCUGGCAAAACAGGUUUCAUCCACGGUAUUGGUUCUGGUGAUCAAAUUUCCAUCACUCAAGGUAUCCAUCGAGGGGCUAACAUAACUAAUGAAGCAAAAACUGCAAUGCAAGCAGCAGAAAACGAUACUGAUGAAAAACGAGAAGUGUGAUUCAACUCCAAAUUGUUUAGACACAAAUGGGGCUGGCAUUAUCACAAAUCAGGCAUUUUGCUCGUUUUCUUUUCCUUUAUUUUUCACUACUUCACCCCUUGAAACCAGCUGAAGAUUACCUAUGGAAGCCAAACUUCCGAUCUUGUACCGCUCUUUGUUUAGUUGUUGAAUCAAUGGAAGUUUAGUUGGUCAUUCCAGAAGAAAUGCAGCACAUAUUUUUAUAGGUUUGUUUAGAUCUUGAAACACUCAGGACAUGUAUGCUCCAUCUAUUCACUAAAUGCAGUUCCGUUAUGCUGAUAGCAAUGAUGUUUUCAUUU